UCGACAGCUGCAUUUGGUGUGUGACCAGUGUGACGUGUAUUUCUUUGUUCUUUUUGGCUGUGUUUUUGUUAUUCUGUUGUGGUUGCGAGUUCCUUCUGUGAUUUUAUUGCGAUCAAUAAAUUUUCUAUGAAAGCUAGGUAAUCAAAAUGACUAGACAUGCACGGAAUUGUACUGCGGGAGCUGUAUAUACUUAUCACGAAAAGAAAAAAGACGCAGCAGCAUCUGGCUAUGGGACUCAAAGCGAAAGAGUAGGUAAGGAUUCCGUUAAAAGUUUCGACUGUUGCAGCCUCACAUUACAACCUUGUAGAAAUCCAGUGGUCACAAAAGAAGGUUACCUAUUCGAUAAAGAAGCGAUACUAGAAUAUGUAAUUACAAAAAAGACAGAAUACACUCGCAAAAUGAAGCAGUAUGAAAAGCAGCUGAAAAGAGAGGAGUCUGAGAAAGCCGAGUUGGCGGCGGCAGAAAGAGAAGCUAAACUGAUUAAGUUUAUGAACAGGGAGAAAAAUAUAACUAACACAAAUAACAAAGGCUCGGAAAGUGGUGCAUCUACAUCAAGCUCAAUCUCAAAUUUAGCAAAUGGGAAAGACAAGGCACUUCCUAGUUUUUGGGUUCCAUCACAGCUACCAGAUGCUAAGAUAUCAAAAGUUGAGAAGCCAGAUCCAACUGUUUACUGCCCAAUAAGUGGGAAACCAUUGAAGAUGAAGGACCUUAUUGAGGUAAAGUGGACUCUGGUUAACGAUCCUGAUGACAAAAAAUCUCUAAUUGCAAAAGAAAAUCGGUACAUGUGCCCGGUGACACAUGACAUCUUAAAUAAUGCUGUGCCUUGUGCAGUUAUCAGGACAACUGGCCAUGUAGUCACAAUGGAGUGUGUUGAGAAAAUCAUCAAGAAAGACUGGCUGCAUCCGCUCACUGGAGAGAAGCUGAAGGAGAAAGACAUCAUACCUUUGCAGAGGGGGGGCACUGGGUACGCCCUCACUAAUCAGAACUUGCAAGGAAAGAACGAGAGGCCGGUUCUACAAGCGUAGUUGUAUUUUGUAUACAAUAUUUUAAUUUAAUUUUAUAAUAGUUUAAUAAAUGUAAAUAAGUCAUU